AUGGCAAAUGAAAUUGAAAAUUUUAAAGAAUUUAUAGAAUUAAUUGAGUUUGUGAAUAUAAUAUAUUGUGCCACAAGUGUGUACAAUAAGCUCCAAAAGAACAAACGACGAUUUUGGGUGCGUCCUUUGUACUUGGAACGAGAUGUGUCUGGUUUUUUUGCCGCAACUUUCCUAAAGUUAAAAAAUAGCGACCAUGAACAGUUCCGGAUAGCAACAAGAAUGUCUCCAGACAUCUUUGACUGUCUGUUCACAAUUCUGAAGAAUAAACUUGAGAAGAACUCAGCGAGAGCUAUACCAGCGGACUGUCGGCUCUUCCUAACUUUAAUUUAUUUAGCGCAUGGCACUAGUAGGCAAUACCUCUCAUUGACGUUUAAAAUGUCUGUGACCGUAGUAAGACGAAUCGUUUUGGAAACGUGUGAGGUUAUAUGGAAUGAAUUAAGUGGAAUUUACCUAUCCUUACCAAACACGUAUGAAUGGGAGCGAAUAGCGGAGGAUUUUAAAAAUAUGUGGAAUUUGCCGAAUUGUGUGGGGGCGAUCGAUGGCAAACACGUCGCCAUAACAUGUCCACCACAUUCAGGUUCAAAUUAUUACAAUUAUAAGGGAACAUAUAGCAUUGUACUAAUGGGUGUGUGCGAUGCGAAUUACACAUUCACUGCGGUUGACAUAGGUGCCUAUGGAAGCCAAAGCGACGGUGGAGUGCUAACCCAUUCGGAUUUUGGAAGGCUAUUGCGAUCAGAAAACUUAAAUUUUCCAGCGGACACAAUAUUGCCAAAUAGCGAAGUCAUGUUUCCUUAUUAUUUAGUUGGGGAUGCCGCUUUUCCUCUUAAGUCAUACAUCAUGAGGCCAUAUCCCGGACUCUUGUUAUGUGAUGAAAAGCAAAACUUUAAUAAAAGGUUAUCUAGAGCCCGCAGGACCAUAGAAAAUGCUUUCGGUAUUUUGACAGCACGGUGGAGAAUUUUACGUGGAACCUUGAAUAUGUUACCGGAGUCUGCUGAAAAAGUUGUAUGCGCCACGGUUUUACUGCACAAUUACUUAAAAAUGCACGAUGCAACAUAUUGCCCACCAGAUUUUGUAGACCGAGAAAAAGACGGUUUAGUUACGGAAGGCUUGUGGAGGCAAGAAACCCAGCCAUUGGAAAAAGGCCCAAAAUUCUCUUCUAAUAAUUCAACUAGAAAUGCAUUCCAGCUAAGAGACAUUUUGUGUGAAUAUCUUUAUAAAAAUAAAAUAUAA